GAUCGUCGCCAUUUUAUGGUUACGUAUUGCUGCGAAGCGUGUGUGGUGGUAAAACGCUCUUAGUCUUGCAAUGGCAAAGGCAAAAAGUGAAAAAAAAGGUAAAUCUGCUCUGAGUGAAGUAGUAACUAGAGAAUAUACCAUUCAUCUUCAUAAACGACUUCAUGGCGUAGGAUUCAAGAAAAGAGCUCCGCGAGCUAUCAAAGAAAUUCGCAAGUUUGCCGAAAAGCAAAUGGGAACCCCAGAUGUACGGGUCGACACAAGAUUAAACAAGUUCAUUUGGUCCAAAGGUAUUCGAAAUGUACCUUACAGAGUUCGAGUCCAGCUUUCUCGUCGAAGAAAUGAAGAUGAGGAUUCCAUUCACAAGCUUUACACUUUGGUAACCCACGUGCCUGUAACAUCGUUCAAGGGAUUGCAGACUGAAAAUGUAGAUGUCAGCGACAGCUAACUCUACUGAUGAUUUAAAAAUAAGAAUUAUAUGCCUGGUAAACUACUGAAAAUGUAUUGCUUUUGUCGAUUACAUCUGUAAUAAAUGAUCUGUUCCGCAAUAAAUAUUUACCAGGUAA